AUGAGUAGCGCCGCAAAGCAAGAUAUUUUGAAAGCUGCCUCAGAUUUAGCUUCAUUUGCCGGAUCGGUUUUUGGUUUUCAAUCUCCGUCCACUUGUGAUCUAGAUGUCAAACUAGAUCAGAUUUUGGUAAAGCUAAAAGAAAUCGCAGAAAUAGUACGAAGUAUUGGUCACUUAGUCGAAUGUGCACAAAUAAAACAAAAUUACCGUGAAAUUUCCACGAAAUUAACAACAUUAUUGAAUAUCUAUGAAGCUUUUUAUCGAGCCAAAAACAAAAUAGGAAGAGAGAACGUAAGAAACGCGGUAAUAUCCAGAUGUAAUGAUCACACAGAAGGAAUACAUCAAAUAUAUAGUCUGUUUCUAAUUAUUCUCGGUAACGAUGAAGUAGUGGACUUCUUCAAACACUGCGCCCAUUAUAAAUCAGAAAAGGUUGAUAUAUGGAGUGGCAACAUAAAAAACUUAGCAUCGUUAAUUGCAAUUGUGAUCAAAGGAUGUGAAGAAGCAUAUAAUCAUACGACACAAUUCGAUCCGCCUCGUUUCGAAAAAGAAGUAAAAGAAUUGAUACAAUAUUAUAGUGAAAUCACUAAUUUAAAAGAAUUUGUGAAAGACCAAGAAGUUUUUGGAUUAAGAAGCAUUGUAAAAUCAAUUGCAAACAGAGGAAAAUCUGCUGAUGAAACUGCACAAACUCUAAAAGCAAUGUUUACAUAUUUUGAUUGGGACGUAAUUUUCUAUUCUUCCAAAAUCAGUGCCACGCAUCAUACUACGUUGUAUUCUCCUAAUUAA